GGUGAUGGUGGCCUUCUCCUGAGUCUUCCAGUUGUCAGUGAACUUUACCUUACACUGAAGUUUUCCUAUAUUGUGAGUGAAGAGAAACAAGUCCCUGCCCCAGACGCUGCAGAGCAACCUGAGCACGAGCCCUGCGCAGGCUGCUCUUCACACGUGUCCUUUUCUGCGCUGCCCGAGCUGCUGGGCUGCGAAGCACCGAAGCACCGAGCUCCAUACCAGCAGCAGCACCGCUCCCGGUACGAGCAGCAGUGCUGGUCCCGGUGCGAGCAGCAGCACGGGUACCGGUACAAGCAGCAGCACGGGUACCGGUACAAGCAGCAGCACUGGUCCUGGUACAAGCAGCAGCACUGGAACUGGUGCGAGCAGCAGCGCCAAUCGCGGUGCAAGCAACAGCACUGCUACCGGUCCAGCUGUUUCUCCAGCUGUCCCUCCAGCUGUCCCUCCAGCUAUCCCUCCAGCUAUCCCUCCAGCUGUCCCUCCAGCUGUCCCUCCAGCUGUCCCUCCAGCUGUCCCUCCAGCUAUCCCUCCAGCUGUCCCUCCAGCUGUCCCUCCAGCUGUCCCUCCAGCUAUCCCUCCAGCUGUCCUUCCAGCUAUCCCUCCAGCUGUCCUUCCAGCUGUCCCUCCAGCUGUCCCUCCAGCUGUCCCUCCAGCUGUCCCUCCAGCUGUCCCUCCAGCUGUCCCUCCAGCUGUCCCUCCAGCUGUCCCUCCAGCUAUCCCUCCAGCUGUCCUUCCAGCUAUCCCUCCAGCUGUCCUUCCAGCUGUCCCUCCAGCUGUCCCUCCAGCUGUCCCUCCAGCUGUCCCUCCAGCUGUCCCUCCAGCUGUCCCUCCAGCUGUCCUUCCAGCUGUCCCUCCAGCUAUCCCUCCAGCUGUCCCUCCAGCUGUCCUUCCAGCUGUCCCUCCAGCUGUCCCUCCAGCUGUCCCUCCAGCUGUCCUUCCAGCUGUCCCUCCAGCUGUCCCUCCAGCUGUCCCUCCAGCUGUCCUUCCAGCUGUCCCUCCAGCUGUCCCUCCAGCUGUCCCUCCAGCUGUCCCUCCAGCUGUCCUUCCAGCUGUCCCUCCAGCUGUCCCUCCAGCUGUCCCUCCAGCUGUCCCUCCAGCUGUCCUUCCAGCUGUCCCUCCAGCUGUCCCUCCGGCUGUCCCUCCAGCUGUCCCACCCGUGUUCUUUCCUGUCCUCCACGUUGGGGUGUUUCAGUCGCCCCAUCGCUGGGACUCUCGUGGCUCCGCUGCUGCUCAGGGCCUUCUUGAGGCUUUUCAGGUGAGAUGUACAUGGAUGCUGAGGAUCUAAGUGUCCUCAAAUAGUUCUGAUUACAAUUCUGUGGCUUAAUUUCCCUUCCUUAUCUUCCUCUUCAUGCAGGUUUCUUCUUAAGGAGAAAUACUGCUAUGGUGAUGGGAUUUUUUAAUAAAAUAGUGAAUGUAAGUGUGAUUUCGUUUACCUUGAAAUGUCUUUUCUAUCAUUUGCCUAUAGUUUUAUCUGACCUAUUGUCCCAGCUCCCAUGAGCAUGAGCUACUACCAUUCAUAAGUAUUUCAUACCUUGCAAAUACAACACCCUAUUCAUGAUCUUGUCUUUUUGAAUUUACCCAGAUACCUCCCACUCUGUUUCAGCCAUUUUAGAAGGUUUUAAUUAUCCUAAUAUGUAUGUAGAAAUGGUUUUCUCUGGGUCUAUAUGCCCUGAUUAAUUAGGAAUUGUGUUGUGUAAGGAAAAGCAACCGUAUCCAAAAUGUGGUAGCAAUUGAGAAGGGAUAUUAUAGUGACAAUUGCAAAUGAACUUAUCUACAGAGGAAGUUAAUCAAUUGUUUUGAGGAUCUAACUGAAAAAAUCUAGGGGUGUUUUAGAACUUAAUAUAACCUUGAAUUACAGAGAACACUGGGUGGCUGAAGAACACUUCCGCGUUUUCAGGGCGAGCGAGACGUCGUGGGGCUGGUGGAGAUUAACACAGAACCAAAGGUGAGCUGAGGCUUUCAGUGUUGUGACUCCUUGUGAGGUGUGGUAAACUCCGAGUGAAAAUGGCCUGAACAGUCUUCCCUAGUCAUAUGAAAAGUGGUUUUACACACAGGUACUAAUAGCAUUAAAUGCUCUCAACUGGCAAGUGUUGGUAAACACAAAACCCUCCUUUCGUUUUAUGAGCAAUUGCAAGGCAAAUGUGCAGUUUAUUCAUGUGAACAUUACGUUUUGGCAGCUGUAGCAUUCUUCAACGUUCCCUGUAUUUCAGAUGUUUUCAACUGUAUUUUUCCUUCAGAUAAUGCUUAUUAUCAUAUUUGCCUCCUUGUCAUCAAGGAAUCGCGAUGCACGAGCAGUCUUUUAUCCAUCAAAAAUGCCAGAUUCAACAGGACACAUGUUCUAACCAGUGAACCCUUUGAGAAUCCUUGAUUUGGCUUUACGAACACCCCACUAGUUUUAUUGGGAUUUAUCCAGCUGCCACUGACGUCUGCUUCUGGAAUCAAACCAAUUCCCCAUGAAAUUAUCAUCGUUUUCCAAAAUGAAUCAAAGUGGUGAUCUGAUAACUCUGUGCUGCUAAUAACAGAAAUAACAAAGGAAAUAAAAAUUAGAUCUGCGCCACUGGAUCCCACAAUCUAGUGCCUGCUUUAAGAUUCACUGUGGUCAAGUACCAAGUACUGUAAAACAUCCUUAUCCACUGCGGCUCUCAGGAAACGGCACAGCACAACCGGUGGCACCGCACGCGAGCCGAGCCCCCGCGCGGGAACGGCAGUGGCACCGAGAGGCACCGUGGUGGUUUAUGCCAUCCGUAGUAAAAUCAUUGCCCAUAAGCAGCCGGAAUCCUCAGGAGACCAAUUAAACUCCCUUGAUGAGGUCUGCACCGCUGGGCUGGUGCGAAGGGGGCGGCCGCCGCAGGACAAGAAUCGGGCUCGUAAACAGCGGCCAGAGCAGAGCACGGUGGGAGAACGGAAUUGUACUGUCCAAGAAUAAAGUGAUGUUACUGAAAUGUUAGCUUAGGUCUGAUCUUUGUGUUUAAAAUUCCAGCUGCUAAUGGAAUCCUUCUUCCAAUACAUUAUUAUUCUCAUUAUUUUAGAAACAUUAUAAAAAUUAAUUAUUUUUAUAAUUACUUGCCUAUUCUAAUUUAUAGCAAGGAAUUUCUCUUCCAAGAGAAAGUGGAAUUAAUGCCCCUCGAAGUGUAAUGUGGACUUUAAAAAAUACAAAUCUUCCCGUUGCCAUAAUCACAGAUAUUUUUCAUUGCAGGCAAUCCACUCAUCUCCAACAGAGGUGGAUUUUCAGGUUAUUUAUGCACCACUAGGAAAAAGGACUAAUAAUUAUUAAUAAAGUAUGUAAGGUUCGUAUGGUUUUUAAGCACCGAAUGAGGCUGAAGACUCCGUACAAUGUAACAGUCUGUAUCACUGCUUAAGCACCACAGAAUAACAUCUCCUCCUCCUCGCUAGAGGGGAAAUGAGUUAUUUUACAGAGGAAAAUAUUGUUAUUAAUAAUGAAAAAGAGGCCCUGUUCUUACAAGAAAAUAUUACCCAGACUUGGAAUUACAUGGGAAAAUAUAUUUAAACAUAGAUCCACUGUAAUAUUAGUCUCAAAAUCCAUGAUAAAUUCUUGCGUGCUGUCCCAAGGGAAAAAAGGCUCUGCUGCAGCACAAACCGCCAGGAGAAGCUGGAGGAUUUAUUGGCGACCAGUUUGUCCCGUCUGAGGCAACGAAAAUCUCCAGGGCUGCGAGGAGAAAGCGCGGCGGUUCUUCAGCCAAAGUAAAAUAAAGAAGCUUACACGACUUAUUCAACCUCACGUUUCCCCCUCACCCUGCGGUGAUAACUUGUUGUGUCCCAUAAAUUCAACCGCUUUGAAUAACCGUUCGGUAGUACCGAGUGCUGAGUGGGAGAGCAUGGCUCGUACCCGAGAACUAACGGUUCUCUGUGUCCUCGUUUUAACAGCACCUUUCCCUCCAGAUCCUGGGAAAGCGGCUGCCUGUCCGUCCCUCAGCUCCGCGCCGGUGGCCGAUGGCAGAUUUACGGCCGGCAGUUUGUCCUCCCGCUCUGCGGUGGGAAAUGGCAGUGGCCCGCCCGGUGUCCCGCAGCCGCACCCGCUCACCGCCCGCCCUGCCCGUCCCACCGAGGGACUGGCCCCGUGGGGAGCGGGACACCCCCUCCGCCCCCGGCACAGGCCGGGACGCAGCCGCAGCGCCAGGCGGGGAGCCGGCGGGCCGUGCCGAACCGCGCCUUCGCACCUCGGGGCCGCCGAGCUCCCCCCUGAAAACGCCGGCGCAAAAGGAAAGGGUGGAGAGAGGAAACGCCUCCCGGCGCCGCGGGGAGCCGCCCGCGCCCAGCAGCCGCCCCGCAGCCCCGCCUGCGAUGGGGAGAAGCCGCCAGCGGAAAACCCGCACCGGGGCGGCGGGCGGAGCAGCGACGGCCGCGGGGCGCAGAGGUGCAGCCGAGCACCGCUACCCGCUCUGCCCGCACAGCCGCGGAGGAAAGCGCCGUCCUCCCCAGCCGUAAAAAAUAACAGAAAUGUUUUAAAGCGGAUUAAAAGGUGGGAUCCAAAAAUGAGCGGGAGCGAGGCCGCUCGUUGCCGUUCGUUUGACGGCGGCGUGUGCCCUUCCCCGCGGGCGUGGGCGGAGACGCUCAGCCCUGCGCUGGGCGCGGGGGCGCACACGAAAAAUUUGGGCAUUACCGGCGAAAAAAAAAGAAUAAAUAAAUCAAAUAAACACAGCACAUGGAGCCGGAAGCCCUGGCAUUGCCCCAGCGCCGCCCGCUCCCGCGGGGCUGGUGGCAGCGGGCGCGGCACAGGGACGGGGCUGAACGUGCCGCGGUACAUUGAGGAUGCUCCGUCAUUAACUUAAGAGCAGUCUGUGUUUGCGUAAGGGCCCCACUAAAUAGCGCAUGUUAGCCCUAAAAAGAAUACAAGAUUUUUUUUCCCCUUUAGUGCGUGUGGUUUUUGAUGAAGGUUUCUCUUCUCCCGCCCUUCCGCAAACACUCUCAAUAUGUGUCUUUAACGAGGUAAGUUGUAUUUAUCUAUCGCAUUCCGGCAGGAUUGUUAAGCUCCUGAGCUCCUAGGGCAACAAACAUGGAGGGGGGAUCCUCUGGCAAAUCCGACUGGGGCUGUCACGAUCAUGAAUAAAAAUAAAAGGCUUAGUCUCCUGCUUUCGGCUGAUGAAACAAUUUAGCGCCCAAAAUAUGGAAGCGCUCCGAGGUGCGGAGCUGGGCCGGGCAGAUGCGGGGACCCGCCCCGCACCUGGGGGUGCCGCUGCCGCGGGCGGGGGCACCUCCCGGCCGCCCCGCCCCCGUCGGGCCGCUGUGCCCCAGCGGGCAUGAGGGAACUCGAGGGUUUUUAAUUACACUCCUUCCCUUCGCUCCCUUCGUUUUUCUGCUCCCUUUGCAGCGAGACACACUUGGAAUCAGAGUGGUUGUGACAUUUUGGUGGCAGCUUAUUGUGCGGAACACUUAAAGUUUAAAAAACAAGCCCCAUAGAAGUUGAGGGGCUUAAAGCAGCCCCCUUUGUGGGGCAAGACAUAGAGUUUUGAUUCGGGACAAUGGUGUUUCUCAAAUUUCUUCCAAAAACCUGCACCCCAUCUGUGAUCUCAAUGAAAUCGCUUUUCUCUCUCCCUUCAAUUCAUUUGGCAAAGGGGAAGCAGAUGCAUGGGACGGGGUCUGAAUUUUAAUUAUUAGGUUUUACCUGAAACAAAACAGCAAAUCCUUUUUACCAUGUGUUUGAAGUUAGGAGACGGGUAGGGGAGUAUAAAAUAUAAUUAAAAGGCUCUCGGAUCGUUAGGGAGCUGACAAGAGCCUUUUUAAUGAACCUCUCAGAGCGCCCGAUAGUAAAUUAGCAGAGCGGGGUUUUCCUGAGUCAUUCUGCCUCCGACCGCUGCCUUCGCUUUACCUGCGUGUGCCCGUGUGCUUCCACGCCGCAGGCCCAAGGCCACGGAGAGGCUGCGGCACACGCGUGUUUUCCUGUGCCACGGGAGGCGCCGCUGACACGCCGGCUCCCAGCAGAGCCCCGCGGCCCCGCAGCCACCUGCGAGGUGAUGGGGAGAGGAGGGGACGGGGCAGCCCGCGCCCUGCGCGCCCCCCGCCUGCCCGGGCCCGCUCCAGCGUCCCGCGGGGCUUCGCGGCGCUUCCCACCCCCCGCCCCCUCCCGCCGCCCUCCGCGCAUUAUCUCAAAGUGCAUUUAACCAUCAAUAAGGUGCGAAGGGAAAAUUGUCUGUCACUUUAAUCCAUGCCCGAGGGGCUGGGAAAUAAAAAGGGAGAGGGAGGGAG